AUGGCAUUCCGUCUCGCCAGAAACAGGGCCUUAAUAGCGCCUGCAAAAUCUGCCCUUGGAGCAAUUCCCCGUACUGCCCUUUUUUAUUCAACUUCCUCGAAACCCGCUUCUUCCGGUCAACCCCAAGCAUCUGAAGCAGAGACUCACUUUGGGUUCCAAACUGUCAAAGAAUCCCUGAAGGCAGGAAAGGUUGCUGAGGUAUUCUCCUCCGUUGCUUCUUCAUAUGACGUUAUGAAUGAUGCUAUGUCCUUUGGCAUCCAUCGUCUAUGGAAAGACCAUUUCGUCCGAUCUCUCAACCCUGGCCGAAAGUCUGGCGGCUCACCUAUGGCCAUCCUUGAUGUCGCUGGUGGAACCGGAGAUAUUGCUUUCCGCAUGCUCGAUCACGCCGACAAAAUCAACGGCGACCGUGAAACCACCGUAAUCUGCGCAGACAUUAACGCUGAUAUGUUGAAAGAGGGCGAAAAACGUGCUCAGCAGCAAGGAUACAUAUCCACCAAUCGUAUCUCUUUCCGCGUGGAGAACGCUGAGACACUUGACAGCAUUCCAGACAACUCAGUUGAUCUCUAUACCAUUUCCUUUGGUAUCCGUAAUGUCACCCGCAUCCCCAUGGCACUCAAGGCCGCCCAUCGGGUUCUAAAGCCCGGUGGUGUAUUCGCCUGUCUUGAGUUCUCUAAGGUUUCACCUGCGCCGCUAGACGCCAUCUACCAGCAGUACUCCUUCUCUAUUAUCCCUCUGAUGGGACAACUUAUUGCCGGUGACAGGGACAGCUAUCAAUACCUUGUCGAGUCUAUUAAGAAAUUCCCAACCCAACAGGAGUUUGCGGUCAUGAUUAAGGAAGCUGGGUUUAUGAAUGUUGGGAAAGGAUAUGAGGAGUUAACUUUUGGUGUCGCAAGUAUCUGGAAGGGUGUUAAACCAUUGGAUUCAAAGUAA